AUGGAAGCUCUUCCGCGCCUGGCCCGCCACGGGCUGCGAAACCCCUCGAGCUCCCUACCUCUGCGAUAUGCUCACACACGUUCUCUAUCGGCGGUGAGUGCGCUGCGUAGCGCUAGAACGCCCUCCUCUCGCCUCCUCUUGCAGAUCCAACCCCGCCGGAUCUUCCUCACCAGUUCCCGGCCGACCUCGAAUUCCAAGCUUUCCCGUGCCAUUCGCCGCCUUCCUUUCCUUCCGAAGAGACUGAUAUCAACGAAAGAACUUCCUUCAAACCGUGGGCCUGUCGUCCGCUUCUUCUAUCGGCUUUUCGCAUGGACUGGCAUAUUCAUCGUUGUUUCGGGCACGCUCGUCAUUGGCUUCUUCCUCUACGAUGCAUCCACGUAUCGGGAGGGAGUGACGCAAGAAGACAUGAUUGUAUCUCAAGCUGCAUUGUCGCCUCGCCGGGGAGGACCAAAGAAUUUACCGAUCGCCGAGGUCCUCGUCGACGAUGAAGACUCCCAGGAGCUUCGUGAUCAGAAGCACAAGCCGAAACUUGUGAUCCUAGGCACGGGUUGGGGUAGUGUGGCCAUGCUGAAGGAACUCAAUCCCGGAGACUAUCAUGUUACGGUCGUCAGUCCAGAGAACUACUUCCUCUUCACGCCCAUGCUACCCAGCGCGACUGUCGGUACGCUGGAGCUGAGAUCCCUGGUAGAGCCUGUGCGGCGGAUUGUAAAGAAGCUGAGAGGCCACUUCCUACGUGCUAACGCCGUGGACGUGGAUUUUACGGAGAAGUUGGUGGAAGUGCAGUGCAAUGACAGUGAAGGGCAUGUGCAGAAUUUCUACCUGCCGUACGAUAAGCUGGUCAUUGGAGUAGGGAGUACGACCAACCCGCACGGUGUGAAAGGCCUCGAGAACUGCAACUUCCUGAAGACGAUUGAGGAUGCGAGGUUGAUCAGGAAUAAGGUCUUGAAGAAUUUGGAACUGGCCUGUCUACCGACCACAAGUGACGAGGAGCGGAAGAGAUUGUUGUCAUUUGUGAUCAGUGGAGGUGGGCCGACGGGUGUUGAGUUCGCUGCUGAGCUUUACGACAUGUUAAACGAGGAUCUUCUUAACUCGUUUCCGAAGAUUAUCAGGAACGAGGUCUCAGUGCACGUCAUUCAGUCACGAGGGCACAUUCUCAACACCUACGAUGAAGCUCUGUCCAUCUAUGCCGAGAAGCGCUUUGAGCAUGACCAGGUGGAGGUUCUCACCAACGCCCGUGUUAAGGAGGUGCAGCCGGAUAGGAUCAUCUUCUCGCAACUCGAUGAAAACAAGAAUGCUGUUACCAAGGAGCUCCCUAUGGGCUUCUGUCUCUGGUCUACCGGUGUCUCGCAGACCGACUUUGCGAAGACUGUUGCGAAGAAGCUCGGCCCCGACUUCCAGAACAACCGCCAUGCCCUCGAGACGGACACGCAUCUGCGCCUCAUCGGUGCACCCUUGGGCGAUGUGUACUCCAUCGGCGACUGCUCUACUGUUCAGAACAAUGUCGCCGACCACAUCACUACGUUCUUGCGCGGUAUCGCGUUCGAAAAGGGCAAGGAUCCACGCGACAUUCACAUGACCUUCCAAGACUGGCGCGGAAUCGCGCAGAAGGUGAAGAAGCGCUUCCCCCAGGCUGCCGGCCAUCUCAAGCGCCUGGACAAGCUCUUCCAGCAGUACGACGUGGACCAAUCUGGCACUCUCGACUUCGGCGAGCUGCACGAAUUGCUGAUGCAGAUCGACACCAAGCUCACUUCUCUACCCGCCACGGCGCAGCGGGCCAACCAGCAGGGAGUGUACCUAGGCAGGAAGUUCAACAAGGUCGCAGCCGCCAUGCCCGGGUGGAAAGCGAACGAGGUUGAUUUUGGAGAUCUGGACGAGGCCGCGUACAAAGCCUUUGAAUACCAUCAUAUGGGCAGCUUGGCGUACGUGGGCAACGCGGCUAUCUUCGAUUUCGGCGGAUUGAACUUUAGCGGUGGUUUGAUGGCGGUGUAUCUGUGGAGGAGUAUCUACUUCGCACAGAGCGUGAGCCUGCGGACUAGGCUGUUACUGAUGAUGGACUGGAGCAAGCGGGCGCUCUUCGGAAGAGGUAAGUCUUUCCCGGAUGAGACGGGUGUGCUUGGGACGUCGAGCUAA